GUUUUCCUAGUUGACCUCUCAUCUUGCAUCCUCUGUAAACUUCAGCUAUUCCAAAACUCUGUUGCCUGCACCCUAACUUGAACUAAGUCCCAUUCAGCUGUCACCUAAAUGGAGAGAGAUUGCAGAACUCGGUGGAACAGAAGGAUUUGGGUGUUCUGGUACAUGAAUCACAAAAGAUUCUUCUUGAAUCCUUCUCUGGGAGUGAAUGCAAUCACCAACUCAGCAAUUCUGUCUGUUAGCUCUGCAUUGGAGAAAUCACAAUGCUUAUCCCAAGAGAUUUAAUGCUCGUAGUCUUUAUUUGCCUCAAGGAUACUACAAGCUCUACUACUCCACCUACAACGUCUACCACUCAACAAAGCCCCGAGAGCAGCAGUAAAGUUAUUUUAAUCGUCAUCCCCAUACUGGUAUUGCUUGGUAUUGCUGGAGUUUUGAUCUGGUGCUUUGUACGCACUAGAUCAGAAGGUUUUAAUUUCCCAAGCAUGUUGACGAGGACCAGAUCCAGUAAACUGGAUACAGCACAAGAUGUUCAGCAACAAGACGUCUGCAAUCCUCAGGCAGCUGCUGAUUGUUCCAUAGGGCAGUAUUCUAGUUCAAACGCCUCUCCAACAUACCAAGUCAACCACGCACUAUAUUCGACUCAACCUAAUUAUGAGAAUGUUAUGAUUGGUCCCGUUAGCCAAGCUGAGGAAUAUGUGAUGAAACCUGGAUACGUAUCACCUGCAGAUCAUCAGACAUGUCAGUUUUCUCAGCCCAUGGAUUAUGAUGAGGCUAUUUACGAAAAUAACCCAUCAAUGAAUGAUUCAGCUGUGUACUGUAACUAUACCAGCCAACCAAAUAAUGAAAACGAUGAUACUUACAUUAUUCCAAGCGAGUAGUUACUUGCAUAGUGUGAAUUCCGGAUUCUUAUCGUACUGGAAAAUAAGAUCACAUUGGUGUUUUUUAAGACAAGAAAAAUUUGAGGAGGAUUCUCUCAGUAAUAGUUGUUAAUACAGAAUAGAUCAUUCAAAUGCAGUUUGAAGAAUAAUUAGCUGAGGUUAUGAUGCACAAAGCAAUAGAACAAUGAAAAUCCCACUUCAAAGAAAUCGUGUGCUGGCAAAUUAAGCUCGGGACAUCAAAUAAACUAGAAAAGGACUUUGAAAAGCAUUGUACUCUAUAUAUCAGAUAUUUGUUUCAAAGUCGAUUUUCCAAACUGAGAUGCUAAUAAAACUAGUUUGCAGAGAAAGGGAGAGAAAGGAGACUGUUUCCUAUUCAGAAACUUGAUAUCUUCGGCUCACACUGGAUCUAGUCCAGAACCCGGAGGGAAGAUUGCUGACAACUGAGGGAGGAAAAAAAUCAACAAUAAAUCAUCCAGGCGUCGGCUAGUUGUUCAUCUGAACAUUUUUUUCUACAGCACUUCCAUCUAUUAAAGAGAAAUUGCAUUCAACUUAAUGGCCCAGAGUUUACCGUUGCAGUGAUGCCGAAACUGUCAGCAUUCACUGUCAUUACCCUAUGAAUUUGACGGCAAAUCCUGGCCUCAGCAGGUGCGGAAUUAAACUUGGCAAUGCAGGAGCUGCUGUCAGUAAUUCCCUGCUCCUCCGCGGGGCGUGCUGCUGAAGUCCUUACAGAUGUAAAAAAAAUAGAAAUCACUGAACUUGCACCUUUUACCGAUUAUUCUCACUGUAAAAACACUUGAAAAGGUGCCACCUUGUUGAAUGAAGUGUAACUGGGUUUUAAAUGAUGUAUUAAGUCAAAAUUAUCACUGAACAAUCUCUCUGGCUCUGAAAAGCUAAUUUUUAUAUUUGUGGAAUGUCAAUCUUUCCAUUCCAUGCUAAAAAUUUAUAGAUUUAUAAAGUGCUUUUUUCAAGGUUGUUUAUGAUAUUUCAGCUUCUAGGUGAAUCAUAUGUAUAUAUCCCAACCUUUAUUUCACAUCAUGUAAAAUUAUAAAAAGUGAAUGAUAAAACCUACUUGUUACUUCCUGG